CUGUCAUGUGUCCCUGAUGAAUGUCAAGAUUUCCCAUUAACAAAUGCAUUAUGUUGUUGGCUGAUUAGUCACAAUAAACUCACCCAGUUUAUUUCGUAUCAACUAAAAACCCAUUUGAAAAUGUUAUAAUAGUAUGUUGGUUUAGCUUAACAUGUACUCAGUCAAAUAUGUAACACAAACAGUGUUAGGAAAGACACAAUUGCACUGAGACUGAUUGUUGGUGAUUGGGUUUGUUACUUCUUCUUCAGACAUUGUUUCCAUAGAUUUAUUAUUUGCUCACUGAGGAAAAUAUAUUUUAAUUAUAUACUGUCAGAAUAACAGCAUUUACAAUGGAUUUCCAACAGUGUCAAUAGCUUUCAGAUUAGGCUUGAUCCAUUCAACAGAUAGUCAGUGAAUAGUGUCUCAAGCAGUGUCCACAUGGAAGCAGAGUUAAAACAAAUCCAUGAACACUUUACAGAAUUUUAUUGUCAGACCAGUGAGUUUUUGGCUCGUAGCCCUCAUCAAUAUAAUUAACGAGAGAGAUUCCACGAGCCCUAAAACGAGUAUAAAGUACCUUAAAUUACUGUGUGGCAGCUGGUUGGUCACUCUUUUUUUGGUACAAUAUGCACAAUAUCAACUGUGAUACAAGAACCUUGAAAUGUUUCAUACUUUAUUUCCCGGCUGAGGCCCUGUUCUGGAAAGGAGCCAAUAUUGUGCUCACAAAUGGGAUGUCACUUAUUUGUGAAUGUAUUUGUCCAAUGCUAUAGAUAAUGCACCAUAAUGAGAUGAUGAAAACUCAGCUGCUAAUUUUUGCCUGUUGAACACCAGCAUGUCCAUAAUCCCGCCAUGGUUGGUUGUGGUGAUGUUGAUCAGAGGGGAAGAUAAUAAUAAAUUACAUAUUGUGUACAUGAAGUUACAAUUCACCCCGGAUACGUGACCAGAUAAGGUGUGCACGUGUAAUAAUGCAAAUGCAAGUGAAUUCUAGAUGGUGGGUAGCACACGUCCAGAAAUGCCACACAAAUUCGUGAAUGGUAAACUGACUUUUAUUUUGUAAGAGGACGCUUUCAAUGACUUCCUCCCCCGUGUCACGUGACCUCGCCCUCGCCUGGAUACCAGAAAGCGUCGCUCCGUGGUCGCUACGGAGAGACGGAUGGGUCUGUUGUAGUUUAAAGGCACUUCGGCGGUGUUUCCCCACGCAGUUACGACAACGUACGGGCAUGGCAGUCUGCGGGAAGCGCUGUUCGGUCGUUGCAACAGCGACUUUACCAAGUUCUAACGUGUGUACAACCACGUUUUGGUGCUGCUAGUACGUUAUCUUGACAUGACCGAUACAGAUUAGUUAGCAUGCUAGUGAGCUAGCCUCAGCCUCAGGCUCGCACAGCGACCACCCCUGCCGCGCACAGUGUGGCUGCAGGAUCCGAGCAGACAUGGGCAAACUACAAAGCAAGUUUCGCAAGAGGUCUGACCUCUACAGGGCAUCUCAGGGGGAGAAGGUAGAUAAUACCUUUGACAGUCAGGUGGUGCAGUAUGAACCUGCCCAUCAUGGCUCCAUCAGCACUGUCACAAAUCUUAGCCCAGAUUUGUGUGUUUCUGGUGGGAGUGACCAGGCUGUUGUGGUGUACGACUGGAAACAAGGCCGGAUGUGUCAGUCCUUCCAGGGACACAACCGUGAGGUUACCAAGGUGAUGUGCUAUCCAGGCAGCACGUGGAUCUUUAGUGCCUCACGGGACAAGACUGUUCUGAUGUGGGACCUAAACCAGGGAGACGAACCUAUUCAGGAAUUCUGUGGGCAUGAAUUGGUGGUCAAUGGACUAGCCAUCAGCCCUGAGGGGAGAAAGCUGUGCACCGGUUCUCGUGACAACUGGAUGUGCCUGUGGGAUAUAGAAUCUGCUAAAUGUGAACAGAGAACCAACAUUUCUAGAAACCUGGUGACUCAUGUGUGCUGGGUGCCGAGCAGCUCCUCUCUAGUCCAGACCUCUGAAGAUAAGACCAUAAGGGUGUGGGACAGCCGUACGUGGCAGGUGACCAAUACUUUUCCAGCCAAGCAGUACAUCCAGACCCACUGUGAUGUUUCUCCAAACGGAAACUACUUGGUGUCCAGCAGCAACGGCUUCGGGGGCCAAGGCUGUGAGGCCACGCUGUGGGACCUGCGUCAGCCCGGCUGCAAGGUCGUCGAGUACAGAGGUCACCUCCAGACCGCCGCCUGCUGCAUGUUUCUGCCGACGCCUCCUGAUGGAGCAGCUCAGGUUGCGACGUCCUCCCAUGACGGCUCCGUCAAAAUCUGGGAUCAGAACUCAGCAGUGUGCUUAGGGACGCUGUGUCUGGACGGUGCUGGUCCCCUGGUUAGCCUGGCUCCCACUGACUCCACCAACCUGCUGUGCGCCAGCUUCAACAACGGCCUCCAUCAUAUCCAGCUGGGCCACCAGGCUCCGGUUUUUGGGGCGGAGUCAGGCAUGGAAAUAAAAGUCGUGUCACGCUUCUGACGGCUCGAAGUUCGCCGCGUGUGACUCGCAGCGCUCACGUGUGAGGGGCCGGCUACUCCCAUCCCUCUAUGAGGAUGUCUUGUCAGUUCUUUUAAACAUUUCUACUGACAUUUUUGCUUUUACUAGACUUCCACGCAUCAAAGUGACGGAAGAGAUCAGCGAGGUAAGGAGACGUGUAUUGAGGGUGCAAAGCCUCCUGGAAGCCCAUCAGAGCUGCUGUACAUCAUGUUGCCCCUUAAACAGAAUGUUGAGGCUUUAAUCGCUGCUUUCACGGAUCAGAGCCGAGUGACUGUGGACUGCUCGGGCCGGGUGGAUUACUGGUGCCGGUUGAUCCUGAGUGUUGUUGACGCACUUUCCCAGCAGGAAGAUCGGCUGGAUAACAACACAGAGUAAUGGAGUAUAUGUGUACGUUGACAAUAAUCUAACAGUUGAUUAGUUUGUUCUGUAGCUUUAACCUUCGUGUUAGACCAAAUGAGGACCUACGACACAAGACUGUACAAACACCAGCUUGGUUUUUAGGUAGAAUUUAUUUUAUAAUGUUUUUUUAAAGAUACAGAGGUUUUGUUUUUUUAACUGAAGCUGCCGAGCUCAUGUUGUUGUCGUACUAUGCAAAAAAAACCGAGUAAUUCCCUCAGUAUUGUUCGAAUGAACAAAUGAGAUUAGAAUAUAUUGCAAAUACAAAAAAAGCUGCUCUUUGAGCCAUAAACCUAAAACACGCCACCAUGAAAUGGAUUUAGGCUUUAGUGUUGGUACUGUGCUUUUCCCAAAAUGGCGAGCUACUUGGUUAUUAACUAUAAAAGUCUCAAUUGUUUACUGAUUACUUUGUUUCAGCAUUUUGAAAUUGACAGUUUUCUAUUUGUUUGCGGAGAUCCGAUUAGAAUCUGUCACAAAGACACUUGUUAACACAUCCAGCUGUGAUGAGAGGAUUUGUCUUAUGGUGCUCAGGAAUCCACAUUCUAUUAAGCAUCAUUGUUCUAAACUAGAGAACACCGCAAGCAGCAGGGAACCAAAGGUCAUUACAGAUUUCAUUUCCUGAGAAUUGACUGCUUGGAUAUUGAUCACUACCUAAAUAUACAUUAUAAUUAAGCAAUAAAUCAUUUUAUAAUAUCGAA